AUGGGUGCCGCCCAUUUGACUCCAGCUCGAAAGAGAGAAUCCUACAAGUCAGCUCAGACUAACGAAGCCUCAACCGUGACGAUGCAAACCUCGCCCAGUCCCAUCCCCCUCACGUCAACUGAAUCUACGGAAGCCUCGACCGUGACGAUGCAAACCUCGCCUAAUUCCAUUACCCUCACGUCAACUGCACCUACGGAAGCCUCGACCGUGACGAUGAAAACCUCGCCCAGUCCCAUCCCCCUCACGUCAACUGAAUCUACGGAAGCCUCGACCGUGACGAUUCAAACCUCGCCUAAUUCCAUUACCCUCACUCCCAUCCCCCUCACGUCAACUGUAUCUACGGAAGCCUCGACCGUGACGAUGCAAACCUCGCCUAGUCCCAUCCCCCUCACGUCAACUGCACCUACGGAAGCCUCGACCGUGACGAUGCAAACCUCGCCUGGUCCCAUCCCCCUCACGUCAACUGUAUCUACGGAAGCCUCGACCGUGACGAUGCAAACCUCGCCUAGUCCCGUCACCCUCACAUCAACUGAAACAACCAAAUCCUCGACAGAGACAACGGAAGCUUCGUCUAGUCCCUCACCAGUCACUUCCACGCCUACAACACCUAAUUCUAGUGAAUCCUGGACUGUCUCUUUAUCGACAGAGACCAAUACCACCACCGCCACAACCACUGAGCAAGGAGGUCCUUGUACACCAAACGACAAUCCCCAUGCCACCGGGUGCGCGCCAGCUUUGAAGGAGAUUUGUGUAAGCAAGUGCGGCUCCUUCAAAUGCGUCUGCCCACCUGGUUUUGCCAGAACUGAACUUAAGGCACCAUGUGAAGAAAUAGUGGCUCAUUCCUCCAAUUUCACGCUGACAGGGAACUUCGAGGAAAACCAAUUUAACGAAUUCGAUCCCGAUUGUGAAGAUCAAGGAAUUGAGAUCCAAGACAUGACAGCAUUCAUGAAGAGCGUGGCGCCAUUACUAAACGUCCACCAGGGGGUGGACAAGAACAUCCCCCUCCCUCCCUGUGGAUUUGGAACCAAAUGGACGUUCCACCGGGUGGAAAUCUACCUGGGGGGGGGGGAGUGCCCAGGUGGAUUUCCACCCGGUGGUACGUCCACCUGGUUCCAAAUUCACUUCUGGAGAUAUCUAGAGGGAUGA